AAUGUCCCGAACCGUCGUCGUCGUACACACAUUGCUGGCGUUCCUGCUGCCGACUGUUUUGUGCCUAGGUGAACAUAAGCUACGCAGAAACCAAACGAAUGCUUUUCAGGUUUUUGACAUCUUUGCGGAUGGUGUGGCAGUGUACACGUCCAGCCAAGACCCGAGCCUGGAAUGUCUGACCGCCGAGAGGAAGGAAUACAAGCCGAACAAGAAGGUCGUUUAUACCUGGAACCUGCAUGGUGACCCGGGGUCGGAGAA